AUGGCCGACAAGAAAGUGGUGCUGAAGCUGGACCUGCACGACAACAAGGACAAGCAGAAGGUGCUCAAGGCGGUCUCCACUCUCCACGGUAUCGACUCCAUCUCCGUGGACAUGAAGGAUUCCAAGCUGACGGUGAUCGGGCUGGUCGACCCCGUCGACGUCGUGGCCAGGCUGCGCAAGGUCGGCUCCGCCACCAUCGUCUCCGUCGGCCCGGCCAAGGAGGAGAAGAAGGGCGACAAGAAGGACGGCGACAAGAAGGAUGGCGACAAGAAGGACGGCGACAAGAAGCCGCCGCCGCCGGUCGUGUUGUACCCGCACCAGUGGUACCCGUACGCCGCCGCGCAGUACCACCCCCACCCGUACCCACCCCAGUACGCCGUCCACAGCGCCGAGGAGGACCCCAACUCCUGCGUCAUCUGUUGA